CAAAAACCAUUAACACACAUACACACAUUACCCGUUCCUGACUACAGAAGAUCUUCCCUAUGAUAGCAGGAUAUGUCCUGCAUUUCUUCUUGAACAGUUAAGAGGCAUGUGUACCAUUAUUGCACAGAUGAUUUAUCUCAGAGAGUACUGUGUUUUUGGCAGCUUUUGGCACACUUUAACACCACAAAGAAAUUAUUUCUUUGAAAAGAAUUCAAGAACAAAAAUCCCAACCAUGCCCUUUACUUUACUAUAAAUCAAAAAAUUAUUUACCUAGCUCAUUCAGAAAGAAUGGUGAAGUACUUCGCCAGAGUCUGUUGACAAAUGUUAGCUGAUAGUGUUCAAUAGCAGUAUCUCUCUUGAGAAAAUAUGCAAUAUUGAAAUUUGUAAAAUAGGACUUUUCUAAGACCUGAAGUAAUGUGACUGGGGUGAAACAAAAUGCCACUUUUCAAUAUAGGGCUAAUUGUAGGCUUUAUUCUUCCUUUCCACUUAACACAUGCACGUUACUACCUAGAAGUACUUAUGCAGUUAUUUUGAGUAAGUUCAAAUGACCACAUAGGUUAUAAAUAUUUAUGUUGAUUAUGCUUGGCUUUGCAGACCAUCCUAGGUAACCUGUGUCAAAGGUUUGGGGAACACAGGUUGAAGAGCAAGUUGCAACUCAAAAGUCCUACUCUCCAAAAGGGGAGAGAACCUGUUGGGAAUGUAGGCACUGCACUGUGAGUUGGGCAUGGCAAGGAAUGCUUCUGCUCUUCAGUGUAAUCUCCAAAUCGUCUUGUGUGUCCUGUGAUAUGUUUAGGGUGUCUGUAAUUUGGAUUUGCCCUGCCAGGCAAAGCAAGUUAUCUGAAACAGUUUUCGUUUUUCAAUUUCAACAGACUUUGAAAGUGGACAACCCAGUUUUCAGCCCUUGCAAGCUUUUUUUGCUCCCUAGAACUCAAAGGCAUUAUGUUGAUUUAUAGUACCCACUGAUCUGCCCAUGGGAUUUGGUUGCGGACUAGCUCAGGGAUAGUUGUAGGCAUGGUCAGAAGCAAACUUGCAAGGUUAUCUAGUGAUUAAACUUGGUAACCGUUCCAAACCUGAGCAUUGACCUAGUGUAUCCCAUUGGGAGUGUCUCCAGGAUCGCAGUUAUAUUCAACAUGGGAACUGAUUUUUGAAAGUGCUGUUCAUCUUGUUCCAAGUGCAGUUACAUUAAAAGUUACGCUGCAUAGCUUGCAGAAUCAGGCAUUCAAAUGUUAGUGGGAAGGCAAUCUAUGCAACAGCAGUACAUCUCCCAUUUUGUGGAUACUUUAUAAUUCAGUCUUCAUGCACAUGGUUUUAUGGUAUGUCAUUUUCGGAUGCCUUGCUUCAUACAGUGGACUAACUAAAUGACUUGUUUAAAAAAAACAUUCGUCUGGGUUCCUAACUUCCCAUUGCAAGCCCCAUGCAGUUAGAAGCUUCAGUAGGAUGUAAAAGCCUAGAAGAGUUUAUGAAUCUUGAUAUUAAGCUUUCAUUUAAAUCAAUCAGUUUAUUUUUACAAUAUUUCUAUAGCUAAGAUCAUGUUGCUAUAUCCCUUGUAUAGGGAGGGAAGCAAGGAGAAGCCUUUGCAGUCAGAAGUGCCAGCUAGAGUCAUGCAUUCUGACUCGCAUCUCAGAUGAGUCCUUUCCAAACUUAACACACAGAGGUUCCUUAUUUUCUAAGUUCCAAGCUGGUGCUUUUAAUGUUUUCAUUACUUUCUAACAGUCACCAGUUUACAUAAUUUACCUGAGCUCACAGGAAUUUUGUGGCAGAGGCUAGGACAUGCUCCAGUUCUCAGAUAUAGGCAUUUACUGAGCUCCUAAUGUAAUCACCCUUUCUUUUCCUGUUCUUCCUCAAAACCUGUGCACAGUGUGAGGAAAGGUUUUGGAGGAAAAUUUAGCAAUCACGUAACCUGUAGCCAUUUGGAGUUGGCUUCCCUCCAAAUCCCCCCAGACUACAACAAAAACCUCCCCCUCCCCUUUGGGCAAAGGAAAAAAACUAUAGAAACUGAAAGAUCCGAAACUAACCGAGCUAUAUCAAAAUAUAUAUAUUUACAUAUAUCACAGUUAUAUACAGUUACAAUACUAUGUACAUAUAAAAAGAGAACCCCAAACAACCCCCCAAAAAGGGGAAGGGAGGGGGGAAAGGGACAAAACCACAAAAGAAACCAGAAGCAGGUAUGCACGAUACAAUCAAUAAAGAACUAGCGAAAGAAAAUCUUACUACUCUCCUUGAAAUAGCAGAAUCCCGCCAAACGACCGCCAGCACCCUCCAGCUCCCACGGCCUGCAAGGGCUCACUAGGCCUGACUCUCCCACAUGAGCAGGACUGACAGCAGAGAACCUGUGCCUUUAGAUCCACCGGAAGGGAAGAGGGAAAAGGGUUCUCUCUCCUUCUUAUUUAUACCCUGGCUUGCAUAAAAAUCAUAUGGAAUACUGGGAACAUGGCCACUUCCUUGGUUACAAACUGAUCACCAAGGAAGGCCUAGACUAAAACUAUCACAUAACCAAAGACUGUAUAUAAAAAUCAAAAAUGGCAAGGAAACCUUAAUUCUGACACCUUAAUUUUUGAGCACUUGACUUGGCAGUCUUGCCAUUCUCUUGGUGUUUUUUUGGGAAUGCAAACAUCUAAAGCCAAUGUAUAUAUAAAUUGUUGUGAAAGGUGAAGUCUCCCAUCCUGCUGCCUUCAUAUUUCUUCUUUUGAUCGGUCAUUAGAAGGUUCAGCUCUUCGGUUUCAUAGCACAUCUUCUACCACUUGACUUAAGAGUAGCCUGCCAGCUACUGAGCAGCCUGCCAGAUUGAUUGGCAGAGGGUUAGAGGCAAGGGAAAUAAAGAACUGAGGGGGAGUGGAAAUGUUUGCAUUUUGCAGGUAUUAAUAAAUUGCAUAGGUAAUUUUAGGUUCAUAAGUAGCAGAUAUAAAUUCUCUGGAGAAGUGUGGUUUAAGGUUCACCUCCUGAAUCUCUUGCCUCUCUUCUGCUUAGUCCUCUUUACACCCUCCUCAUCUGCUUUUCCAGUCUCAUAUGCCUUGACUGACUUCUGCAUCCUCAAACUACCUCCUCCUCAGUUGCUUCGUUAGUAACAGUGAUGAUGCUCCGUUAGCAUCCACCUCCCCUGGUUUUGCACUACCUUCCCUAUGUAUUUCUUACCCUUCUUUUCUCUCUCACUUUCUUUGACUGUCUCUCUGCCCUGCUUCCCUCCACCAUUUAGGUCUUGAUUUUAAUGUUUUUGUCCUCAAGACUCGUGUUUUCUUCAUCCAUCUUGCAUCAUCAGAGAAUACAGUUUCACUUUCCAUCUGAGGAUGCUUUUUUCUUCUCCUCCCACUGUUCGCAGGAAGCCUCCCAGCUCCUGGCCACUAUCAGCAGCUCAGAGCAGGCAUUACAGGGUUCAUCCUGCUCAGAUACUGCUCCAACAGCAACUGGUGCAAAACUAACUGCACGUAUAAUCUGUGGGAAGGAGCUCUGGGAGACAGCUAAGAAACAGUGACAAUGUCUUUAAACAGGCGGACAAUUCCUACUCAACUUGGAGUUUUUAAAGUGAACUGCAAAGGACUCGCAUGCCUCUUGGUCUUCACAGUAAGCAUUUAUGGCAGUGCCCCAGGGAUGUGUCCAACAGCCUGCAUCUGUGCCAGUGAUAUCAUAAGCUGCACCAAUAAGAACCUCAGUCGAGUGCCAGGAAAUCUUUAUAAAUGUAUAAAAAGGCUGGAUCUGAGUUAUAACAGAAUUGGGCUUUUGGAGCCUGAAUGGGUCCCAGUGUUAUUUGAGAAACUGAACACUUUAAUAGUCAAUCAUAAUAGCAUUAGCAGCAUUGUCACUGGAAGCUUUUCUACAACUCCAAAUCUGAAGUACCUAGACUUGUCAUCCAACAGCCUGAAGACACUGGGCAGCCCUGUGUUUCAGGAGCUAAAGGCACUGGAGGUUCUCCUGCUGUACAACAAUCAGAUAACACAGAUUGACUCUUUAGCGUUUGGAGGAUUGUACAAUUUACAGAAACUAUACUUAAGCUACAACUUGCUCUCAAAUUUCCCACUGGACUUAUAUGUUGGAAAACAUAAACUGACAGGCCUUGUAUUGCUGGAUGUUUCCUUUAAUCACAUCCGGUUGAUGCCUAUUCAGCGCUUGAGUUCAGUGCCAGCUAAACAACUUAGUGGAAUUUAUCUUCACGGCAACCCAUUUUAUUGUGACUGUGUCCUGUACUCCAUGCUAAUCUUCUGGUAUCAAAGGCAGUUCAGCUCAGUGGUGGACUUCAAAAAUGAGUACAGCUGUUUGUUGCAAUCAGACCCAAGAGGUCACAAUAAACUGCCUUUACUGCUCGACAACUUUCUGAAUUGCUCUGAAAGCACUGUCAACAGCUCUUUCCAAGCCUUUGGGUUUAUUCAUGAUGCCCAAGUUGGUGACAGGCUGAUUGUACACUGUGACAGCAGAAUCAGUGAUGUGGGCACACACUUUGUUUGGAUUAGUCCAGACAAUAGAUUGCUGGAGCCAGACAGGGAGACCAAUAACUUUAAGGUGUUUCCUAACGGCAGCCUGGAGAUAACAGAUGCCCAGCUAGAGAACUCAGGGCUGUAUUCCUGCAUCGCAAUAAAUAAGAAAAGAUUAUUAAAUGAAACCGUAGAGGUUAGAAUAAAUGUUAGCAAUUUCACAAUGAACAGGUCCCAUGCUCAUGAAGCAUUUAAUACAGCUUUUACCACCCUUGCUGCCUGUGUGGCCAGUAUUAUUUUAGUAUUGCUGUAUCUCUAUCUGACCCCCUGCCCAUGUCAAUGUAAGGCAAAAAAGAAGAAGAGGAAGCUGAACCAAAGCAGUGCCCACUCUUCCAUACUGAAUUCUACAAUGCCGCAAGAGCUGAAUUCUACAAUGCCAGCAGACGAGAAGAAGGCUAGCACUGGUAAACGGGUAGCUUUUCUGGAACCCGUGCAUGAACCAAAACACAGUCAGAAUGGGAAAGUAAAACUGUUUCCUAAUGACAGCGUCAUUACUGAGAGUAUCUUAAAAACUACUCGAACAAAAUCCGACUCCGAUUCUGUCAACUCUGUGUUCUCAGAUACACCUUUCAUGCCACCAACUUAGUUUGCUGCCUGUGUUUGUAUUGUGCAGUUACUUUUCUGAAUACCUCUUCUGCUUGUAGCAACCAUCAGGAAAAACAAAUAAAAAGAGAGAAAAUGUUUUAAAAAA